GGUUAAGGCAUCAGUUCAACGCCUUGGCUCAUCUCCAACAGGUCAACAUCAUCAACAUGAAAAUCUUUGUCUGCUUACUCGCCCUUGGCGCCGUGGCACAUGCAGGCUUCAUUGGUGGCGCAGGAGGAGGCGGUGGCUACGGUGGAGGCGACUCCCAUGGAUCCCAUGGAGGUGGCGGCGGCGGUGGCUACAGCUAUGGCGGCGGCGGCGGCGGUGGACAUGAUCAUGGUGCAGCUGCUCCUGUGAAGGUCAUCAAAGUGAUCCACGAGAGUGCACCCUCAGGAGGCGGCGGUGGCGGCUGGCAGUCUGGUGGAGGCGGCGGCGGCUGGCAGUCAGGAGGCGGCGGAGGAUACGGCGGCGGCGGCGGCUAUGGAGGCGGCGGCGCUCAGGAAGUCAAAAUCAUCAAGAUCAUCUCACAGCAGGGAUCUUCGGGAGGCCAUGGCGGUGGCGGCUGGUCUGCCGGCGGUGGUUCCAGCGGAGGAUGGUCCUCGGGUGGUGCCUCCAGCGGUGGUUGGUCCUCCGGAGGAGGUGGCGGUGAUUCUGCCUCUGCUGUCAAGAUCAUCAAAAUCAUAUCCGAGUCGGAUGGUGGAGCUGGUGGUGCUGGCGGUUGGGCACAGGGCGGUGGUCAGUCUGCAGGAUGGGCUCCAGCUGGUGGUUGGUCCUCGGGUGGUGGCGGCGGCGGCAGCUGGUAAUUGUGAUAGCAUCCACAGCGCCCCGCACCCAUUGAACCCAUAUCCCUCAUUGUACCUCAUCUCAUUUCCAUCUCAGCGACACAUCCCCUCACCCCCUCAAUUACUUGUUAAAAUAAAAGUUUUCUGUUUGAUCAUUUUAUCCCAAAA